AUGCUCACUCGCCUCCCACCAGCAGUGCAAGGACCGCCACCUCGUUCUGGGCUUCCACGCGUUCUGCCAGCUACGAUGCGGUCCGACUCGGAGUCUGUGAUCUCUGACUCGGAGCCGGAGUGCGCGAUCAAGCGCAUUGCGUCGAAGAAGGAGGACACAACGCGAUCUGGCCGGCGAAGGACUUCGGACGAACGGCCUGGGUUGAGUACGGGUGAGGCGGAAGGGCGGGAAGUCGAGAAGGACCGCGUGGUUGUCCUCUCGUCUGCGUCAGAGGGCGAGGAGCCGGCAAGAAGGAAGGCAAAGUCGGGCUACUUGUCCUCGACGGCUGGGAAGAGGAGGAGGGUUCCGUCGCCGACGGCUGCGCCCGACCAGUGGACGGCAGCAGCAGCUCCCGUCUCGAGCACGAGUCGCGAAACCGGCUCUCGCUCGUCCCGCUCGACCAGCGCCGAACAACCCUUCGUCUCCGCACCCUUCGUAUCCGCUCUCGACCUCCUCCGCUCCAGCACUCCUCAGCUUAGCGAUUCCGACGACGACCUCAAGCCUCUCGACAUCGAAGUCCGCCGCAACAGCUACAAGGAGAAGGCCAAGGCGAAAGCCACUGUCUCGAGCCGCCUACUCCCGACUGUCAAGAAAACGCGCUCGGCGUCCAUCUCGUCCGUGGAGAUACUCGAUACCGCGCCUUCCAAGUCAAAUGCUGCUCGCAAGUCGAAGACACUUGGUGCGGCCUCGACGGACGACGUUGCUCGCUCAAUUCGCUCGUCCUCGACAAGCGACUCGCUUCCGCCGCCCGACACUUGGAAGGAGCGCUUCGGGUCCGGUUCGAAGUCGGUGACGGAGAGCGAGAGGUUGUCUGUCGAGCCGACUUCGCAGCCGCAGCGGAAGAAGCCUUGGGAGGAGCUCGAGGCGAAGCCGCCGAAGGCGAAGCGCAAGACGGCGGCGAGAAAGGCGGCGCAGCCUGCUGCGCCCAAGCAGGAGGCGGAGGAGGAAGUGGAUGAGCUUGACAGCGAUCCCGACGGUCUCGUCAUCUCAUCCUUCAAGCUCACCUCGGUGACCUCGUCUUUCACCUCGGCUCGACCGGUCGUCCGCCGCGUCACCGCCUCUUCCCUCUCGUUCCUCCCUCCACCCAUGGAGCUCCCUCCCGACGAUCGCCUCCGCGCCCUUACUGCCUGUGUGAUCUGCAAGGCCGCCUGGCCCGCCUCGAAAGCGCUCGCAUCCCGCCAGACGCACACUCGCACCUGCUCCACUGCGAACGACUACUCCGCCGAGACUGUUCGCUACCUCGUCGACAGCCAGAUCCUCCGCCUCGCCGAAGAAGCGGACGGCAAGCGUCGAGCCGACGAGGAGGCGAAGACGCUGUUCGACAUGGCUGUCGGGAAGGGCGAGGGCGCGAACGCGUUCAAGGAGGUCAAGGUCGUCGGAGUGGAAGGCUAUGCCGGCGACGACCCGAAGGAGUGGUAUCGGGCGAUCAAGGAAACGCAGGACGAGUUUGAUCAGGCGAGGAGGAAGGCUCAGGUGGCCAGGGUCGUCAAGCUCGCCAAGCAGGUCAAGAAGGAGCGUGCCGAGGUCGCCGCAUCUAGCGUCGACGACGGCUGGAAGGUCGUCAACGAAUCGGCCGGGGUCGAGAAGGAGGAGGAGGACGAAGUCGUGCCUCUACCGACGGGACGUCUCAAGCCCGAUUCCUCGACCGCCCGAAACGCCGUCGCUUCCCGUGCAGACGCGAUGCUCGCCUUCGACGCAUCGGUCCCUCACUCCGUUCUCGAUAGCGACACGUCCGGCGACGACCCGCCGCGCCCGACCCAGUCUUUCGAGCCAUCCAGGCUGACCUCACGCUACGACAUGCCGGCGAACCCCAUCGACCCCCUCAUGACGUUCGUCGAGCACUCGGAUCGCACCACCAUCAGCGGGACCCCGUCACGUCGGAGGUCUCGCUCGCCCUUUCGACCGCUGUCGUUGCCGGACCCGUUCAGCGACAGCGACGAUGGAGAGGGUCACCACGGUCGGAGGCGGUCUGCUAGCGGCAAGCAGUCGUUGUGGAGCGUUGCUGCAGGGAGGAAUGACGAGUUGCUCGGCAAGGUCGUGUGCUCUGUUUCGCCCAUCUGCUCGCCUUCACGCCGUUCGCCUACCUCUCCCGCCCUCUCUCCCGCCUCAUCCGCUCGCCUCUCGACCCUCACCCUCUCCUCCUUGUCACCUUCCCCUCUACGUCGCCCGGCUCUCGCCGCCCCUUCGCCGCCGUCGCACAGCUCAAGAAGCCUGCACAGCUCGCCGCCCUCGCCGGGAAGGAAGGGAACGGACGAGGCGGCGGAGGCGAUGAGAACGCUUGGUUUGUCCAGCCCUAGCCUGGCGAAGAAGGGGAGGAGGAGGACGAGCGGGACGAGCGAGGACGAGCUGCUUGUGGGCGUGGUGAGUGAUGUUGGAAGUGACGUGAUGCUGGAAGGCGGUGCUGGAGACGGCGGACAGACUGCGGUGGUCUCGUCGAGCGAGGAGGAGCCGUUGGCGAAGGUCGUGGCUGCUACGCCUCGGCGCCGCAAGACGCCGGCUUCGCCUGCAUCGAGCAACAAAGCACGGGCACGUCGCGUGGCUCCUCCUUCGUCGUCCGAUGACGAAGCGUUCGAAUCGACGACUCCGACGAAGCGACGUCGGCCUUCGCCCUCUAUCGCAAAGACUGCUGCACCUCUCCCCGUCAAGACUGCGGCCACCGCCGACAUGCCGGACUACGACAAGAUGACCGUCGCCGCCUUGCAGCGUGAAGUCGCUAAGUUCGGCUUCCGCAAGGCGAAGGAGAAGGCGGUCCUCGUCCGGCAGAUGCAGGAGAUCUGGAAGGCGACGCAUGCCGGCUCGGGCGAAGGUGCAGCGUCUGCGGUCGAGACGGACGCAGCCUCGCCGAAGAAAUCGAAGGUCAUCGGGAAGGGGAAGAAGGGUGUGUCUACCGCGUCGCCGCCUGCAAAGACGGCUACGAAAGGCAGGCGGAAGAAGCAAGUCGACCUCGAUGGCGACGAGGCACACGACCCUGACGCAACCGACGAAGGAGGCAUUUCGCUCGCCGAGAAGAUCCGCCAGCUCAUCAUGGCGGACGAGCAGCUCUAUCUCCGCAUCCUUCGCUACGAGCCCGUCCACCUCUCCGAGUUCAUCCGUCUCGCUGCCGACAAUGGUGUCAAGAUUGCCAAGGCAGCCCUGAUGCGGUGUCUCGACGAGCAGAGCAUCACGCACUACUCGCAAGACCCAACUGGAGGGUCCCGUCGUCGCUACAAAUGA